CGGAAUCAUGAGUGACCUCUCAAAUCAAGACUCCAAAUAUGGUUCUUCAUUUGCUUCUGCAGAGCAUUCUCGCAACAAGUAAACUCAGAAAUUGUUCAACCAUAUUUUCAACAAAUUAAAAAAGAAACACAGAGGAAGAGUUUGAUUUCAUUUGAGUAGCCAGACGAUGAAGCAGUAGUACAGCUAGCUCUCUUCUUGCCCAUUUCAAUUUCUCCACCACUACCACCUGACACAUCCGUAUCACUUCCCUCAUACUCUCUUUUCCUUUAUUUAAAGAUUAAAGGACCCAACUGCAAAACACCACAUACGCACACAAAAAAGCUAAGUAAAAAACAAUGGUGGACUGAAAAAAAGUGACCCAACUCAACGGAAAACAAAAAUAAAGAGAGAAAGUUAACACAUUUCUUUUGCCUUUGUUCCUUUAUUUUCCCAAGAGAAGAAAAGAUUGUGUUUUUAUAUAGAUAGUGACUGAAAAGGAGAGUGAGUGCAUUAUGCAAAACAUCAGUUCGUUUCUUUUUGUAUUUUCCAAAGAAGAAGAGUGAAUUUUUACAGUGUUUUUUUUGUUGUUGUUGGUACAAAAAAACAUGUUCAUUUACUAGCUAUAGCUAUGGCUUUCAAGUUUUUUCUUCUUUCCUUCAUAAUUUUUCUUUCUUUAGUAACACAACUCUCUGUUUCGUAUGAACCUCGUAACCAUGAAGUGGAGGCUUUGAUAAGCUUAAGAGAUGCAUUGAAUGAUCCACAUGGUGUUUUGAACAACUGGGAUGAAGACUCGGUUGAUCCUUGCAGUUGGUCCAUGAUCACUUGCUCACUUGAUAAUCUUGUUAUUGGCUUGGGAGCUCCAAGUCAGUCUCUUUCUGGAACUCUAUCCGGCACUAUAGGAAAUCUCACUAAUCUUCGUCAAGUGUUGCUGCAGAAUAAUAAUAUAACAGGUGAAAUUCCACCAGAGAUUGGUACUCUUUCAAAACUUCAGACGUUGGAUCUCUCCAACAAUCGGUUCUCUGGUUUUGUACCAGAUUCUCUUGGUCAAUUAUACAGCCUGCAGUAUCUGAGGCUGAACAACAAUAGCUUGUCUGGGCCAUUUCCUGUGUCUUUAGCCAAAAUUCCACAGCUUGCUUUCUUAGAUUUGUCUUAUAACAAUCUGAGUGGACCACUGCCCAAGUUCCCUGCUAGAACUUUUAAUGUUGUGGGAAAUCCAUUGAUCUGUGGGGGUGUUUCUAAUGAAGGCUGCUUUGGAUCAGCAAGUACUGGUCCUCUCUUCUUUUCUCUACAUCCAUCAUCUGGCAAACACAAGACCAAGAAAUUAGCAAUUGCACUUGGUGUUAGCCUCAGCUUUGUCUUUCUCUUGCUCUUAUCACUUGCACUCCUCUGGCUCAGAAAGAAGCAGAAAAGCCAAAUGAUACUCAACAUUAGUGACAAACAAGAUGAAAAGCUACUUGGCCUUGGUAAUCUCAGAAAUUUCACCUUCAGACAGCUCCAACUCGCUACGGACAGCUUUAGUUCGAAGAAUAUACUUGGUGCCGGAGGCUUUGGCAAUGUGUAUAAGGGAAAGCUAGGAGAUGGGACUCUGGUAGCAGUGAAGCGGCUCAAGGAUGUGACUGGAAAUGCCGGAGAAUCUCAGUUUAGAACCGAGUUGGAGAUGAUCAGCCUCGCAGUCCAUCGGAAUUUGCUCAGAUUGAUUGGAUAUUGUGCCACUCCUAAUGAAAGGCUUUUGGUCUAUCCAUACAUGUCUAAUGGUAGUGUUGCGUCCAGGCUUCGAGGAAAACCAGCAUUAGAUUGGAAUACAAGGAAGAGGAUAGCAAUUGGAGCUGCAAGGGGUCUUCUAUAUCUACAUGAACAAUGCGAUCCGAAGAUAAUCCAUAGAGAUGUAAAGGCGGCUAAUGUGCUACUCGAUGACUUCUGUGAGGCUGUAGUUGGUGAUUUUGGCCUUGCAAAGCAGCUCGACCCUGCUGCUUCUCAUGUUACCACUGCUGUUCGCGGCACUGUCGGUCACAUUGCACCGGAGUACCUCUCCACUGGCCAAUCAUCCGAGAAAACUGAUGUUUUCGGAUUUGGCAUUCUUUUGAUAGAGCUCAUUACCGGCAUGAGAGCUCUUGAGUUUGGAAAAGCUGUUAAUCAAAAAGGAGUAAUGCUUGAGUGGGUAAAGAAGAUACAACAAGACAAGAAAGUGGAAGAGUUGAUGGACAAAGAGCUAGACGGCAUCUACGACCGAAUUGAAGUCGGCGAAAUGCUACAAGUAGCUCUUCUAUGCACUCAAUACCUCCCAGCUCACCGUCCCAAAAUGUCGGAAGUGGUCCGGAUGCUGGAAGGUGAUGGCCUAGCUGAGAAGUGGGCAGAAUCACAUAGUUUUAUCAAUCCUAUCAUUACCCUAUCUUACAAAAACUAUAUCACUAAAACCACACCUCGUCCUGCUAAUCAUGAUGAUAACAACAGCCAUGAUCGUUCGAGCAACAACACGUUCGGCACAGGAAUGGAGGAUGAUGAUGAUGAACAUUCUUUGGAUUCCUAUGCCAUGGAACUCUCUGGUCCAAGAUGAAAGAGAAAUAUAGCUAUAAAUAGAGGAAUGACAUUCUUUUUCCUGUUGAUCCUUGUUUAUUCUUUGCAAAUGCAAAAUUUAAAGUUUGUUAAAGACAGUAUAUAUAUAAUUAUAGGAUGUUUACUUUGGUUGACCUUGUAAGUUAUUAUCUCUAUGGAAUUGAAUGUAAAUACUAAAUUCUAC